AUGUCCGUGUCCCUCCCUCGAGCGCUGGGCCCUGUGCGGCUUCUCCUCGUUUUCGUCGCCCUCGUCUCCCUCUUCCUCUUCCGAUCCUACUACCUCCCCGAUCCUGACUCGAGCGCCGUGUACGGCUUGAGUUCUCCCGCGUCGUUCCGAGAGAGCUCAGGCUCCGCCUCCUCCGCAGCUGUCGACGAUGUCGCCGAUGUCGAGAUCGAAGACGGGUACUUUGAGGUCGAGGAAGACCUCGACCUGGUCAAACAACCCGAAGAGCAUGCGCCGACGAGCACGGAACACCCCUCGACCUCUGAACCUGAGCCGAGCCCUGACACCGAUUCCGAGCCUGAGCCCGCCUCCCAUCGCGAAUCCAAGUCCGGAGCCAAGUCGGAAUCCGAACCAACUACCUCCCCUGAACAUUCCCCCGCGUCAACCCCCUCCUACAGCUCCGACAGUCACAUCCCGCCAUGCCGCCAGCUACCAGGCGCGGACAAGGUCGUGGUCAUGGUCAAGACAGGGGCUACCGAAGUCUUUGCACGUGUCCCUGAACAACUCGUCACCCUGGCUCAAUGCGUGCCCAAUUUCAUGAUCUUCUCAGACAUGGAGCAACAGGUGGGCGAGUUCCGCAUUCAAGACGCCUUGGACGAGAUCGGACAAGAGUACAGGGAAAACCACGACGACUUCCACUUCUACAACGAGGUCCACGCGGCCCAUGUUGCGCACGGCGACGUGAGCGUGCUGGGAUCCGACAAGGCCUGGGCGCUGGACAAAUGGAAAAACAUCCCCAUGCUGCACAAGGCCUACCUGAAAUACCCUGAUGCGGAGUGGUUUGUCACGAUCGAUGCCGACACAUAUCUCAGCUGGGCAAAUCUCCUGCUUCUGCUCGACCGCAUGGAUCCAGACGAACCACUCUACGCAGGCUGUGUCUACUGGCAUGGCCCUACGGCGUUUGCACAAGGUGGCACAGGCUAUCUGUUAUCCCGCAAUGCGGUUAAGAAAUUCGAAGACAUUCGCACACCUGAAAAGAUUGCUGAUUGGGAAAAGGAGACUUCUACAAUCUGCUGCGGUGAUGUCAUGCUGGGGGUGGCUAUGGACCAAGCCGGAGUCAGCGUCAGCGGUGCCUGGCCCAUGUUCCAAGUCGACCCUCCCUCCGGUUUCAUCUGGUCCGAUGGUGUGUGGUGCACUCCGGCAAUCACCUGGCACCAUGUGCAUUCGUACGAGGUGGAAGCGCUCUGGCAGUUUGAAAAGGAGUGGCUCAACAAGACGUGGGACGACGAAGACCCCGGCGCCGUUCCCUACCUCUACAAAGAUGUCUUUGAAGACUUUGUCCGCCCCCACAUCAGCAAAGAGAAGAAGGACUGGAACAACCUGGCUGCGGACAAGACAUUUACGGAGCCGAAGGAGGACCAUGUCAAAGAAGACAACGACUGGGAUUGGAAGAAUGAUGAAGAGAAGCAAAAGAUGUGGGAUGAUCUUUCGGAGGCCGAGAAGAAGUCCGUCGAGUCCUUUGAAGACUGCCGCGAGGUCUGCGACAAGGAUGUGCAGUGCAUGCAGUUUGCCUGGCACCCGGGAACCUGCAAACUGAGCCACUCGAUCAGGAUGGGUCGGCCGGUCGACCCCAAAGAGGAGUACACGUCGGGCUGGAUGACUGACCGGGUCGAGAAAUUCAGCGCGACCCGAUCAGAGUGCGGCGAGAUUUCCUGGAAGGUCGGCUAA